AUGGUGAAAAGAGGAGGAACGAAGAGGAAGGCAGAGAUUAAGAAGAUCACAGAUAAAAGCUCAAAGGCUGUAACUUUCACGAAGAGAAGAGAUGGUCUCUUCAGUAAGGCCGCACAGCUCUGUCUUCUCGGCGACGCUCAGAUCGCUAUCUUAGCAACUCCUUCUUCUUCCCACUCCAACGUCUCUUUCUUCUCCUUCGGUCACUCCUCGGUUGAUUCGGUGGUCUCUGCGUAUCUCUCCGGUCAAAGGCCCGCUCCUCCUCCUGUUCCGGAAGACAGCAAAGAGAUGCGGGAGGACAUCGCUGUUUGCAUGGCUCGGAAGGAACUCGGUCUCGGCUACUGGUGGGAGGACGAGGAGCUUCUUGCGGGUAAGAGCCGGGAAGAAAUCAUGGAAGCGAUGGAGUCCAUGCAGAUACUGUGGAAGGCUGCGGAGAGGUUGCGUGAGGAUGAAGCUAUUGAUUUUGAUCAAAGAGAAGGUUCGCUUGAGAAGAUGGAGGACAUGAGUAAUGAUCAGAUCAUCGCUGUUUGUGACAGUUUCUUCAACAACAACAACGCUGCUUCUUUAUCAGCAACUCCUCAUGGUGAGGAUGAUCAUCAUCAUCAGAUUGAGGCUGUUUCUGAAAAUUAUUGCAGCAACAACAUGAACGCUCUGUUAUCACCUGCUGCUGCUGCAGGAGGAGGAUUGAAUGAUCAAAACCUGCUUGAUCUUGAUCUAGCUAAUCUUGAUUUGGAUACAAUUUUUGAAGGUUUGGCCGACCUUGAUGCUGAGUUUGUGGCUUCUCUUCUCAUGUGA